CCCUGUUGAAUGGUUUCUGUUGUGGCAGCCCUAGCCAACUAGAAAUACAGGGGGUAAGGGGAAGGGUGGAGGAAUGGUGAUGGAGGUGGAAGUGUGUCCAGUGAGAAUACAGUUCUCAGUGGCCCUUGCGAAUAGGUAGCCAGUGAGCUAUCUAUAGAGAUUUUUGGGUGGGUCUCUUGGUAAAGCUUAUUAAAGGUGGCUCACCGAGCUGGGAUGCAGGCCUUUUUUUUUUUUUGCCACUGUCUCAUCCUUCUUCGUAAUGCUAUUAUGUGAAUCUGAUGGUAGGAGCCGUAGUGGCCAUCUUGUGACCAUGAGGUGACCUUGAAGAUGGAAGCCAGUAGUAAGGAUGGUAGAGCAGAAAGGAUAGCACCACCUGGGUGCUAGAUGGAUGUGGAGCACGAUGUUAGCCCUGGAUCGCCUAUUUCCAGACUUUUACCGCAUGAGAUACAAAAUGCUAUUUGAACCAAUGGUAAAAUAAUAGAUAUUAACUUUUAUCUUUCUUAUUCCUGUUUCCACUCUGUAUGAGUCAAGAUUGUAUUUCUCAGCACCUGCCAAAAUUAGGGAUGAUUUUUCCUUCUGAGGCAGGUCUUGCUCACAUUCUCUUCAUUGAAGUGAGUCAGACAUUUUAGGACACCAAGAGUCAGGCCUGACUCCAAGUUUUUUUUUUUUUUGCCUUUUUAACCCUCCUUUUAUUGUUUAAGCAGUACUCAGAUAUUACUGGCACAGAUUUUACCGUCUGUUUGGAUUCUUUGUCGUCCAGGUAGUCCGGGACUCCCAAGUUGGCAUGGCCUCCUUGGUCAUGGACUUGACCCAGGGGAGUUUGCCUGUAGCCAGUGGUCAAACUCCUUGGGGGGAAGAGCAUCUGUUUCAAAUGGGUGGGGGUGGGGAGGAGAAGCCCUGACCCUUUCGUUAACUUCCCCUGGGGCAGACAUUGUGGGCCCUGUACUUGAGUCAGUCCUAAUAAUUGGCCUCCUUUAGGGCACUGAGGGCCAGAGUUUUAUCUUUUCAUUAGAAACAUUAUAAAGAAGCAUGAUUUCUAGGCACAAAGGGAUUGCUUAUGGGAAGUUUGCCAAUUUUAGAUGUUUCACGUCCUUGUAGCAUUCUGUGUGAUCCAUCUUUGGCGUUGCACAGAUUCUUGCUUAAGAACAAUAUGCAAGAGUGUUAAUUCCAUCUUUCCCAAUAUAAGGGAAAAACUAUAGUGUUAGGGGUUCAUGAGACCUAUUAUUGAUUGAAAGUCUCCCUUAAUACCAUGUUUCAAAGCUCUGGUCACUAAGCUACCCCCAGAGAAACUCGAUUCAGUGGAGGUGCUGAUGUAAACUAGUAGGAAAUGUUAAUUUAAAGAUAGUGUUAAAAGGGAAAACUGUACUCAAAGUUUCUUUCAUUUAUUCAAAAAGUGUUGAAUAUCUACUCUGUGUCAAUCACUGGGGAUAUUGCAGGAAGAGGACAGAUCUGGUCCGUCCCUACCCUCAUGUGGCUUGCAGUCUUGAAGGGAAGGUGACAUUAAACACGCAUUACACCAGAAACUAACUACACCAUGCUCAGCGCUGUGAGAACGCGGUGCGGGGAGAGACACGGCUUUAGCCUGGAGUCCUGAGCAGUGGUUCUCAACCCCACCCCGCCCCUCGGGAACGUUUGUUGAUGUCUGGAGACGUUUUGGUUGUCCCUGGGGUGGUUUGGCGGGGAGUGCUGCUGGCAUCUAGAGCUAGGGGUGUGGCUGAACAUCCUACAUGCAUAGGACAACUCCCCCCCAACCCAAUCAAUUAUCUGGUCACCCCAAUCAGUUAUCUGGUGGGGGGCACAUGGGGGACGGAGGACCUGGGGCCUUGGUGCUGGAGGAAUGGAAUGGAGAAAGGACCAGAGUGGAGAGAUUGACAGGGACCGAAGUUUGUCCUUAGAGCAGUAGGAAGCUGUUGAAGGCUGUAAUAGGAGAAUGAUGUGAUGUGACUUCCGUUGUAAGAAGCUCACUCUGGUUGUCGGGUAGAACAGGGAUUGCUGGUGGCCGUUGUGGACAUAGGAGACCAGAGAGGAGGCUGCUCGAGUCAGCCCCGUGAGAGAUGGUUGAGAAGCUCUAAGACGCAGGAUUGAUUGGUGCGGUGGGCUGAGAGAAGGCGGGGUCGGGUGAGUCACUGUGGGCAGCCCGUGGUGCUGUUGACUGAUACGGGCACUAGUGGAGAAGGACUAGCUUGAAACAAAACCUUUUUAUUGCAGUUAAAUAUAUACAACAUAGAAUUUAUCAUUUUAACCAUUUUUAAGUGUACAAAUCUGUAGCAUUAAGUACCGAGACGGUUUUCUAAAAUUUACUGUUAAUUUUAGGAGGAGGUGAGGAUGAUGGGUUCACUUGGGACGAGCUGAGUUUGGGGUGCACGUGAUGCUCUGGGACCAUGUCAGAGGGGCAGUUAGAUCUGUGGGUCAGGAGCUCAGAGGGGAAAUCUCAGAAGAGAGAGAUUUGGGGACAACUUGAGCAGAUUUUUUUUUUUUAAAGAGAGCUUUGAUUGACAUAAUAAAUUCGUUUAAGCUUUUGCUCAAAAUGUAUGCGUACCAAAGAUUUGGUAGAAGUUGGGGAAGAAAACAGUCUAUUUGUAUGGUAUAAAGCUGCAGAUUUAGACUUAAAAAAAUGAGUAAAAAUAUCGUCAAAUAAGAUUUGAAUGUAUCUCAAGCAUAGCAAUGCCGUUUUCUCCUAGGGAUAGAACUUAUUUUUACUCCUAAAAGAGUAUUUUAUGAUCUGCAAAGGUGAUGUGUUUUAGUUUACAUCCUUGCUUCCCGUAAGAAGCCCAAGGCUCUUGACACAUCUUGUUGAAUUUAUCCUUCUCCAGGUCCUUGAAGGUGCAUAUGCAGGAGCUUGUUCCUUGUUUAUGGGAUGAAUGAAGUAAAGAAGCCUUUGCUUUGGCUCCUGAAGAUAUAAAGAAAGAGAUCAAGCAGUCUAAGAAUUUGAAGAAAAGUGAUAUAUCAAGGAAAAAUGACAUAGGAGCUCCCCAGAGUCCUCCUCCUCCAUCAGCUGUCUGAGCAGGAAGGUGCAUGGACCGUCCUGCCAUUGUUGCCACAGUACGUUUAACUCAGAAUGUCUUUUCUGCAACAUAUAGCAGAAAUUCAUCAUGGAUUUUCUUCUGUGAAGAAGAGACAAGAAUACAGAUUCCAGAACUCUUAGAAACACUCAGAAGAUAUGACCCAUCAAAGGAAUGGUUUUUAGGAAAAGCAUUACAUGAUGAAGAAUCUACAAUAAUUCACCAUUAUGCCUUUUCUGAAAAUCCUACAGUUUUUAAGUAUCCGGACUUUGCUGCUGGCUGGGCCCUUAGUAUUCCACUUGUAAACAAGCUUACCAAGAGGUUAAAGAGUGAAUCCCUGAAAUCUGACUUUACAAUAGAUUUAAAACAUGAGUUUCCUGUCGUGUGGCAGAUUGCUCUCUACAUCUGGGACAAAGGCGGUGGACCUCCCCUGACUCCAGUGCCUGAGUUUUGUACAGAUGGUGUGGCCUCCUCCUGCGCUACCACAUUCCAUUCUUUUCUGCCACUUUGUGGAAAUCCAGUGAAGAAGGAGGAUAUUUUUGUUGCAGUAAAAACAUGCAAGAAAUUUCAUGGUGAUAGAAUACCCAUUGUAAAGCAGACGUGGGCGGGUCAGGCAAGUCUCAUUGAAUACUACAGUGAUUACGUGGAGAGUUCCAUUCCUACAGUAGAUCUGGGCAUUCCUAACACAGAUAGAGGUCAUUGUGGAAAGACAUUUGCCAUUUUGGAAAGAUUUUUGAAUCAUAGCCGUGACAAAAUAGCAUGGUUAGUCAUUGUGGAUGAUGACACCUUAAUAAGCAUCUCCAGGCUCCAGCGCUUGCUGAGCUGUUACGACUCCAGUGAAGCCGUGUUUCUGGGGGAGCGCUACGGCUACGGCCUGGGCACUGGCGGCUACAGCUACGUCACGGGCGGAGGAGGAAUGGUCUUCAGCAGAGAAGCAAUCAGGAGACUUCUUGCCAGUAAGUGUCGCUGCUACAGCAAUGAUGCUCCCGAUGACAUGGUCCUGGGCAUGUGCUUCAGUGGCCUGGGAAUCCCCGUGACACACAGCCCUCUCUUCCAUCAGGCUCGGCCUGUGGAUUACCCUCAGGCCUACCUUUCUCACCAAGUUCCCAUAUCGUUCCACAAACACUGGAACAUCGAUCCGGUGAAGGUGUAUUUCACGUGGUUGGCGCCCCAUGAGGAAGACAAAGCCAAGCGGGAGACACAGAAGGGCUCUAAGGAGGAGCUGUGAAGCAUGGUGGCUUGUGCGCCCUGGCGUCAUCCUGCUGUGCUGCCAUCAUACUACUUACGUGUGCCACGUCGGAUUGGAAGCUUCCUGACGUUAGGGGGAAAUUAUGUAUAUAGUAUUUUUUAAGGGGGGGGGAGAAAAGAAGUCAUGGGGAAACAGAUUUUUUUUCUGGGAAAAAUCACUUGCUUUUGCAUUAUGCAGUAACUGUAACACACAGUUAUAACUGUGUAUUUUUCAAGCUGUGAUACAGCAGCUUUAUUUCUGUCACAGAAAAACAAGUGGUACGAGAAGCCUCCUUCCUGUCUCUCUCUUCAUUAUAAUGAAGGGUUCAGUUGGGCGUGAGACUGGAGAGACGUGACUGUCAUUCUUUAUGUAUAUAUAUAAAGAAGAGGGACAGCCUGUUGACAUGGAAAUUACAAUGGUGUAAACUUUUUAACCAUAUUGCUGGUGAUGAAAAUUAUUUCCUAGUAACUUGGUAGGAAUAAUGCUAUAUUAAGGGUCAUUCAAAAAACAUCAUAAAACUCUGGCGGUGACAUCCCCUGUAAUCUAUAAUCAGAAGUAUGUUUUAUCUGUUUUCCUGUUUGUGCCUCAUCAAAAGAAUAAUUCCUUUAGAUUCAUCUGUGUUCUGUUUCUCCCUGAAGCCCUAUCUUUAUGACCUACUUGUAACAUGGAAGUGUACUGGAUGCUGCCAGAAAAUAGUGUCCUCAAUAUUUAAAAACAGUGUUGUGUUUUAUUCAAGUCAGUGAGCUCUGUGUAAGUCUCAGGAAGUGAAUUAAGUUAAUUUGUCCCUGAUGUUUUACUCUUAUUUUUCUUGGUUGUUACUUAACGACUCUCUGACUCAAAAUAGACCCCCUGGGGUACCCUGAAACCCUAGUGGAAGGACAGCAUGGUGAUCUGACAAUUUCCCUGGGUUCUUAAAGAAUGAAAUUUGAACCUAGUAUUCUGAAACAGCUCUAAUUUUCAAAUCAUAUGUUUAAUAUAUAGUAAUUUAACACAGUAUUAAUUUGUACAAAGUACUCUGUAUUUUAAUGUUUUAAUUAUAUAAUUCAGUUUUCUAAAGGUAUUUGCAUAAAAUUUGAUUUUGAUAUAUCUUAAACUAGUUUUGGUACAGUAAAAUACUUUCCUCUUUUUUUUUUUUAAUAAAAAUUGCUAUUCAUUAACUUUGCUUGUAAUGCUUUUAUAGGCAAGCACAGAGUUUUAAAGCCAUACCACCAAAAGUACCCAUGUGUAUGUUUUUUAAACAAUCUAUGUUUCUUGUAGCUUAGAUUUGACUCAUUUCCAAAAUGAUGCAAUAUUAUUCACCGUUUCCCAAGUUAGCAGAUCCCAGGACUGUUGUGGUUCAGUGGUAACUGAAUGUGUUGGGUUCAUUUUUGUGAAAGUGAAUUUUGUGGCCCACCCAAGGAAUGGAUCAGGAACAGUCGGCUGGGUGAGAGGCACCCUAAGGGUUUAUAGAUCCCGUCCAGGUGUUGGUGAUGACAUCAGCAUUGUUGUCAUAGCUGGAAUUAUUGUCAUGCUACCAUCAUGGUCACCGUUGUGUCAUCUGAAAUGAGACUCCUGGAGGUUCUGGCUGCCUGACGCCAGGGAGAAGAGUCUUCCUACUCCUGCCUGCCAACUGUCACACUCAGAAAACAGUGUAUUCAUCAGACAGGGCCCAACUGGCCUCUGAACGUGAAGAUCCACGUUAAGCUUUCCCUGUGUUAUGAUCAGUGCCUUCUGCUGACACCGGAGCACCUCCUCUGGUACUUUUGGUUGUUUAUUAAUUAUGUUUACUUUUUGGAACUAUGUAAGCCUAACCGCAAAUAAAAAGAUCUUUGCCUAUGUU